CGAAGGUUCACUUGCACGUGAUAUGUCCUCAGUUCUUGUCAAAUUUUCGCCUCUCUUUUUGCGGCUCUUGCCUUCGAAAUUACCAAGAAAAAGAAUGCUUUGUGACUCACAGUUCACUUCUUUCAUUUUCCUUGAUCUUGAAACAACAGGACUCAAAAAUCCUCGUGGAAUUACUGAGCUAAGCAUGAUAGCUGUAGAACGAGAACAUAUCCUUGAGAGUUCCGCAACCAAAACAGUCCCUCGUUUGCUCGAUAAAUUUACCACUUCGGUUAGACCUACGAAAGCGAUCGAGUCAGAUGCUUCUACGAUAAGCAGGAUAUCAGAAGGAGAUCUCGAGAGGAAGAAAGAAUUUGAUAUUGAGCUUGGAAGAAUUGUCAAAUCGUUCAUCAUUAGACAACCACAACCAGUGUGUUUGGUUGCUCACAAUGGCGACAGCUUUGACUUCAAAAUUCUUGUUUCUCAUCUUCAAGCUGUCGGAACAACUCUACCUGGAACAGUUCACGCCUCUGAUUCGGUCAAAGCGUUCCGAAAACAAUACAAAGAAGCUGAAAAUGGGAGAAAUAAUGAAGAGGUUGUGGGAGAAGAUGUGAAUCGAAAAGGAAAGCGAAUUUGUUCCUUAAAACAUUUGUAUAGUACCUACGUUGGCGGGGAAAUCGUUGACACCCAUAGUGCAGAGGCAGAUGCGUUUGCUCUGCUAAAACUCGUUGUCCAUAAGCCAGAAAUACUGAAAUACUUAGAGGAUGAAGCACGUCGACUUUUUCCCCAAGAGGAGGAAAUUGCAAGGGAUCCCGAAGAACCACAGAUGUGUGUGGAAGAAAAGUUUGCAAGCCAAGUUCAAAAUGCAAAUUCUCCACCGUUAGAAAAGGGCGGACAACGUAAUGAUUGCUCUUUAUCUUAAUUUAAAACAGUUGAAGGGUGAAAACCUUAGCUGAUAUUUGCCCUUAUCAUGUGAUUAUCUUAGAUAUAAUAGUGAUUGAAAUGUCUACAAUUUAACCCUUUAACUCCCAAGAUCUUAUUGUCAAUUCUCCCCUCUUGCUGCCACACAUUUCCUUAUUCAUUGGUCAGGAGAAAUUGGUGUUUGAUAAAGAUAAAAUCUUGAGGUUGAAUAAUCUCAUUGGCUGUUUUAUGGAUAAUUUAUGAAUAUUAUAGGAAUAAGUUACACAUUAAUCACUUCUAAGAGUUAAAGAGUUAAGCACCUUCUUGACUAUGAUGAUCCAGUCUGUAGUGUAUGGCAGAUUUUGACGAGAUCUCAUGCAUGCAAAGGCAAUUCUGCCAUGUGAAAUGCAUGGUAAGAAAGGAAAAACUUGAGUGCGCAUGUGCUAUACUCUGUAGACAGAGUGAUGAUGACCUCCACUCAGGGUUUUAAUUAUUCAGUCACUUUCACAAGGUGCAAUCUCUUUCAAGAUUGCUCUUAUUGAGACCAUCACAGAAUGCAGUCUGAUAAAAAAGACAAGCAAACCAAAACAAAGCGGUUGUAAUUUGUAAAUAUUUUAAACAGUGGUUAUAUGCUAUACAGUUGUAUUUUAUCACAGAUAUGGGGGUGCACUGAUUUUAAAUGUAUUUUUAAAAUGUUCCUUUUAUCGUGUUGUUAAUAUGUAUAGGUAAUGACAUGUUUCUUACAAUUUGAUGUUAAUAAGCAUGAGUACAUUUUUCAAAGACAACAAAAUUGCAUGAGCCCAUAGGGCAAGUGAAAUUUAUAAUCUUUGAAAAAUUUAAAAGUGCUUAUCAUACCAAAUUGCAAGAGGAAUCAUGUUGCUACUUUUUUUAUAAUGAACAUAAAAAACAUCAUAGAAAGUCAUGACCAAUAUGCACAAUUUGUAAUUUGCACUGGUGUUGCAAGAGAAUGCUCUUGUUUUUCAGCCAGUUAGAAGUGGGUAAUUUUUUCCAUGUACAUUAUAAUGAUGUUAAUCAGUGACUAACCAUUUUGAGAUUAGAAUAGCUGAGGCUGAGUGUUUGGCCUUUUACAGUUAUAAUUAGGAGGUCUUGGGCCCAGUUAUUCAAGGGUGGACAGUGCUACCCAAAGGAUAAAUCACCCUCCAGCCAGAAACUUUUAACAUGAUGUUCUUUUCUAUCCAUGGGAUAGAGACUUUUCCAGUAUAUAGCAUUAUCCUUCCUUGAAACAUCUCUCAGAGGCUAAGUGGCUAUGUAAUUUGCUCUAUUAUGGAUGAAGAGGUCUGGCGCACAGUUGUUGAAAUGGCCAAUAGCACUACCCAAAGGAUAAAUCACUCUCUAGCUGAUAGGUGUCAAUAAAACAUACUUUGCUGUC